AUGAGACUUCACAUCUCAACUUCUGGAGGACUUCAACGAGCACUCAAUGAAGCCUUUGAAAUCAUCGAGUCCAGGCCCACCUCGGAGCAAGUCUACUACUUCAACUGCACGAACCAUGACUCCCUCCGGCAGGCAGUGCAGAAACAGAAAUUCUCUUGGACCCUGAAUUCGGAAAAGCUUAAAAAUUUCCAUUACGAGCACGUGGAAGACUUGCACGAUUUGAGUGAGAAAGUCAAAGGAAUUGUGCCCAGCUCGUGCCUUAUGGUCGUCGAACACCUUGAUCACAUCGUUUUGCAGCCAACUGCAACUGAGUAUUACAGGCAGAACGAGCUUCUCACAACGAUGCUUCAAAAGAUGGAAAAUGUGAUUUUUCUCGACGACUGGGGUUACUUGGAUAAGUAUCACGUCGUCACCAGUUAG